AUGGCGCCGGCAAUAGAUCAGCCUGUGAGGCUCCUUUGCAUCAUCCCCAUCUCAACAACAGGCAUGACAGACGACCUAACACGUAUAUAUCCCUCCACGGCAACCGUCCAAGUCACUUUUAUAGACGGCCGCGACCUCGAUGACUGCCCCCCGUGCAUCGAGAACCACGCACAGGCCAUAUCCUCCACCAACGCAGUCCUGCCCCGCGCCACUGAGUACAUCUCCACCCACAGCCCACACGCCGUCCUCGUCUGCUGCUUUUCAGACCAUCCGCUAGUAUACGCGCUUCAGGAGCGCUUCGGUGACAAGGUUCCCGUCACGGGAAUAUUCCAAGCCGCUUUGGAGGAAGCCACAGCAAGCGGAGGCAAGUUCGGCAUUGUCACGACGGCGACCUCGUGGGAACAGCCGUUGACAGACUUUGUUGGUGGCCUCGGUUUCAGGAAGUAUUCAACGGGCGUCGCGGCGACUGGCUUGAGUCCGCUUGAGCUGGAGAGCUUGGAUCGAGGUGUCGUCAUUGAUCGCAUUGCUACAUUUGCGAAGCCUUUGAUUGACAACGGCGCGGAGAGCAUUAUCCUCGGCUGUGCGGGUAUGGCGGCAUUAGAAGACGAUAUACUCUCGGCUCUUCCACCUUCGAUCAAGACGAUUGAUGGUGUUCGUUCAGGUAUGACGAUCUUGUCGCGGCGAGUUGAGGAGGCGGCUUUAACCAGCCCAGUGCUUUCUCUCCUUGACGAUAGCAAGACUACAAUUGCGGUGAGCAGCACGGAAUUGACAAGGGAAAGGCAGCAGGUAUUAUGACGUAGGAAGGGCCCGAUGUGUACGAUCAAGGGCUAGUGGCUACUAUGA